AUGUUGGCUGGAGGCCUAUUACGAUCAAAUACAAGACUUCGGCGAUCAGAUGACCUGGCAGCUGACACCAAGUUCCCGAUUAUUCUGCCAAAGAAACAUCACGUGACACAGCUGAUUGUGAAGUAUCAUCACGAGAUGGAAAGUCACGAGAUGGGUGUCAACUAUACACUCAAUCACCUGCGAUCAAGAUACCAUGUGAUUCACAGUCGACAAGAAGUAAAGGCAUGCAUUCAUAACUGCUUUGAAUGUAAGAGGCGUUUUCGACUCCACCCUGCCAAGCAACAAAUGGCCCCGUUGCCGCAGUUUCGCUUACAGAUGACUAACAGACCGUUUACCAAUUGUGCAACAGAUUAUGGUGGCCCUUACUUGACCAUGCAAGGACGUGGAAGAGCUCGAACCAAACGAUACCUGUGCCUUUUCGUUUGUUUACAAACCCGCUUCUGCCACCUGGAAAUGGCCACAUCCCUAGACACAGGUAGUUUCAUGAACGCGUUCACCAGGAUGACUGCUAGAAGAGGAUGGCCCAAGAUAAUGGUUAGCGACAACGGAUCAAACUUCGUCGCUACAGACAGAGAAAUUCGAGAAUUAGUUGCAGAAUUAGAUCAAGAACAAAUCCGACGCACAACAGCAAACAAAGGCGUGGAGUGGUACUGGAACCCACCAGCAGCACCGCACUUCGGUGGUGUAUUCGAAGCCUUGAUUAAAGCGGCAAAGCGAGUUAUUUCAGCCAUUUUACAAGACGCAGACGUCACAGAUGAAGAGCUGCAAACCUGUUUUACCGGAGUUGAGAGUUUGCUUAACUCGAGACCACUAACGACCAUCAGUGAUGACCCAAACGACGAACCAGUACUGACGCCAAACCACUUUAUCAUUGGUCAGAUGGGCGGAGACAUAGUUCCAGAUAGUGUUGACACGACCGAGUUCAACCCUCGUCAACGAUGGAGGCGAAUUCAAGAGCUCAUUCGUCGCGUAUGGCAACGUUGGUUGAAAGAAUAUCUGCCAUACAUUGGUUCUCGACACAAGUGGUUCUCUAAGGAAAAGAACCUGAAAGAAGACGACGUAGUGACAGUGAACCGACUCUGGACUGAAGCGUUCCUUUAA